AAAAGAUUUUAUUUUGCCAAUCAAAGAUUCUACCUGGAUUGUUUUCUCAAUCCCACCGGAAUCAGGAGUAGGCCCGUUGCUUCUACCUGGAUUGUUUUCUCAAUCCCACCGGAAUCAGGAGUAGGCCUGUUGCCUAUAAAUUAGGCUCCGAUGUUAUUGGAGAAGGUUAAUUGCAGAAUAGAAUGGCGAGGAAGAAGGUUACGCUCGGGUGGAUCGCGCACGACGCCACGCGCCGCGCCACCUUCAAGAAACGGAAGCAGAGUCUACUCAAGAAGGUGAGCGAGCUCGCCACCCUCUGCGCCAUCGACGCCUGUGCCGUCGUCUACGGACCGGAGGAUGAGGUGCCGGAGGCGUGGCCUUCGCCUGCGGAGACGGCGCGCGUGGCGGCGCGGUUCAGGGCGGUGCCGGAAUCGGAUCAGAAUUGCAAGAAGACGGACCAGGAAGGGUUCCUCCGCCAGCGGGCGGCCAAGCUGCGGGAGCAGCUCAGCCGGCAGGAUCGCAGCAACAGGGAGCUGGAGGCGAGCCUGCUCAUGCACGAAAUGCUGUCCGGCGGCGGAUGGAGGAUGUGCGACGUGGGCAUCGAGCAGGCCGCGGAGCUCGUGCGGUUGGCGGAGAUGAAGCUGGCGCUGGUGCGCAACAGGGUCGAGAGGGAGAAGGCGAGGACCACGGUGGAGCCGCCUCGGCAGGCGGUCGAACAGGUGGUGGGCAUGAAGGUGGGUCCAUCGAUAGAAUUUGUGAAGACGCCGGGGCAGGCUGCCGAACAGGUGGUGGACAUGGCGGAGGAUCCAUGGAUAGGAUUUGUGUUGCCCCCGCUGCAGGCGGUCGAACAGGCGGUAGGCACGGUGGAGACAGUGGCGGAGGAGGAAACCCUAAACUGGCUCGUGGAGGCCUGGAGCGCCGGCGAAAUUGCACCGUUCGCCGACGUUGGGGAACAAGAAGCCAUGGCUUCAUGCUGCAUUGAUGAGGAGCCGGGGCAGGCUGCCCUAAACUGGCUCGUGGAGGCCUGGAGCGCCGGCGAAAUUGCACCGUUCGCCGACGUUGGGGAACAAGAAGCCAUGGCUUUAUGCUGCGUUGGUGAGGAGCCGGGGCAGGCUGCCGAACAGGUGGUGGACAUGGCGGAGGAUCCAUGGAUAGGAUUUGUGUUGCCGCCGCUGCAGGCGGUCGAACAGGCGGUAGGCACGGUGGAGACAGUGGCGGAGGAGGAAACCCUAAACUGGCUCGUGGAGGCCUGGAGCGCCGGCGAAAUUGCACCGUUCGCCGACGUUGGGGAACAAGAAGCCAUGGCAUUAAGCUGCAUUGAUCAGGAGCCGUGCAUUGAUCAGGAGCCGUGGGAUGUUGGGGCAUUAAGCUGCAUUGAUCAGGAGCCGUGGGAUGUUGGGGAACAAGAAGUCAUGGCUUUAUGCUGCAUUGCUGAGGAGGCGGAGGAUCCAUGGAUGGAAUUUGUGGAGAAAAUGUUUGGCGCCGUGCCUUUGUCUUGCUUUGAGCCCGAGUCGGUGGAGCAGGAUCACCCUCCAUGGCAAGCUCCGUUGGUCCUCUUCAACAACAACUUCGAUUGCUGA